CCCACACCACCAGCGCGACAACCCCCUCCCACUCCAACGAGUUUAGUCCCUUAUUACUUUUUCGAUUUUCCGAUCUUCUUCUCUGCAUUCCUGCUUUCUGCAUCGAACCCGAUCUUCUUCACCUGCCAACUCACUACCUGCUUCUCCUCUCACAAGGCGCGUCUUCUUCUGGCGCUCCUUGAGCUGCCACCUUUUGAAGAAGGCGUGGAAUUCCUUUUGUUCUUGGCUGCAUCCGCCCCGUCCUACUCUCUCACCUAUCUCCAUAUACCUACGCAUAUUUUACCUGCACCUCCGCCCAUGAUGCGUUUUAUAUUAUGAUCCUUCCGUCCUCAUCUGGACCUCACUCCUUGUGACCCUGCAGUCAAUUAGCACCGUCAACCAGUACUGAGAGUUGCUCCUCCGCUGCUACCUACUACUACCUACCCGCCAUCGAGUCACUUCACCCUCAUCACCAAGCUUCGACCCCGACAUUCACCUAUUACGACCUCGCUCCUACUUCCCGAUGAUCUUCUCUGAGCGUCGAAAAUCAUGGUGCAUUUCCUCCGCAGUGAACGACCUUUCUCAGUACACCAUCUCUUGAAGAUGCUACUCUCAUCACAUCAGUCCAAGCCUACGGACCAAACGAACGAGAUGGCUGAGGAUAUGGACGAACUUCCUGAUCACCGUUUCCUCAGCACCUCGCCUGUCGCCAUGGACGACGGCAUCGUCUACGUGAAAUCCACGGCCAACAUGGCAGACCGAAAGGAAUCCCUCCUCACCCGUGCUCUCAGGAGCAGCCCUGUCCUCGAUACUACCGACCAACAUACCUCCUCCCACGAACAGCCCUUCUACCGUUCAUAUUCCUACGGCAACAUCAGCGGCAUCUCAACAGCCGAGCUGACCAGCGAUGGUGGCCUUACAAGCCCAUCAUUAUCGCACACCUCGAGCCCGCCACUCCCCUCCCGAUUGACUAGCAAACCUACUGUGACAGGCGACGCCGGCAAGGAAUCAGGCACCGGUAGUGCUGAGUCAACCGUUGAGGCAAACCUCGGCCGCAAAAGGUGUAUCAGCUUUGCCUGCGGACGCAAAAGUGACGACCAGAAACCGCCACCACCUCCAACACAAAAACCUCAGCCCCAGUCUGAAGACAAUGAGCCGACUCCCAAGCGCAAGACAACGCUAACGUUUGUGUGUCCUGCAAGGGAUCCUGGGUCUCGGAAAGAGCGGUCUCCUGCUCGCGGAUGUACCUUGCGGGUUCGCCCUCGUGGAUCACCCGCCCCUUUUGCACGCAAGGCUUCUCCGGAGAAAACACCUGUACCGGAGCCGAAACCCGUUGCUCAAGAAGUGAAGACGGAUGAAGCUCCCAGAGGUGUGCCGACAAGGGGAUUGGGGAAAUUCGAGGAUUCCGAAGCCACUCGAUUUCAUGAGUUUGCAAGCUCCUUUGAGGAGGACGCCGAAUGGGUUACCAAGACCGGCGAGUACGCAGAGAAGAUUACACUCAACGACUGUAUGAGGAAGGAAAACGCCAUCAGGAAACUUGCUGAGGAGGCAGAUGAAGAAGCUUCCGAUGAGGAUGAUGAUGACGCCGACCUUCCCGAUGAUUCUUCUACCGUACAUGAUUUCUCUUCCGACGAGGAUGACGGAAACGAGUCUGAUAACGAGGCUGGCUUUGCCGAUUCCGACGAAAGCGACGAGGGUUCUGAGUACGAAUUCUGGGCCCCUGGCAGUACUACUGCAGCCACCAGUCCCCUUGAGCCCCCUCGAUUUGCGUUCACCCGAAGGGAUUCUGCAAUGUCCUUUGAUUCAAUGAACGAGGAUCACCCGCGCCGAAACUGGCCUCCAGCCCUUGCUGGAAAGAGUGUCGGCCGGCCAAUGAAGAUUCCGAAGAUGCGUCCUGGCACUCCGGACCUGCCUGACAGUACCGACUUCGUAUGUGGCACAUUGGACGAGGACCGACCUUUGGAGGCUGCGUACAAGUCUUGCCUGGAGCAGCGUCGCCUCUCCAAGCAGGUUGUUAUUCCUCAAGACAUCGACCCUAGCUUCCCUACUUCGGAUAUUGAGGAUGAGGAUGGUGAGGACGAGGAAUUGAGGGCUUCUCUCUUGCUCGAUGAAGGCCCUCGAGGACGCUCUGGCGGAGAGCAAUCCCGCAAGGUUUCCCCUCGCCCCUCUCCUAAACGCAUGGUAUCUCCGCCCCCACCCUCUCGCCGGAAUGGCAAAGCUUCACCCAGGCGUCUUCGUUCGCCACCACCCCCAAUGAAGCUCAAGUCGUCCGCCAAGGAGGACAGAGUUGUCGAUGGCGCUCCUGUGCUCCGUCACGGUCUCAACAUCAGCGAGCUAGUUCAGCGUCCCGUCCUCACUCGUACCAAAUCGUUGCCUCGCACUCCCAACCCCUUCUUCACCAUGGAAAACUCGUACCGUUGGUCGGGCAUUCUUCCAAUUCAAGAAUCUCACGAACGUGAUUCAUCUCGUACUCGUGAAAUCCAUACACGAGGCCCCAUCGAUAUCGUUGAGGGUCUCGAAAAGAAGCGUCAGAAACGCAAAGAAAAGUUCUGGCGUCAACACUGCCGCAAAGCUGCCAAGGAGCAGAUGGAGCGGCGCCCUGUCCCUGGAAAAGGUGCCGAACGCAUGAAGGAGCUUGGCCUCGAAGUUGCUGAGAGGACCAGGGCUUUUGGCGUUGGCGAAAGCUCUCAGCUUGUCCUUUCCGUCUAAACACCUUUAUUCCUGGGAAGGAGAAAAAUCUAUCUACACCUUCUUGUAUAUACUUGGAUGGCUGUGGCUUAAUCUUCUUUUCGUCACACAGAAGCCUCCUUCACCCUGCAUCUAUCAACGUGCCCUACGUCUUUCUUUUACCUUUCUUUCCUCUUUUCUCCUUUUGGCUUUGGGAAGGCCUCGUGUCUGCAUUUACACGGCGGUUGUUUUUGUUCUUUCUCCAUACAUAUUUUCUGCCUUUCCCCAUUUUUACCAUUACCGUUUUUAGUGUACGACUUGUUGUGUCCUGGGUUUGCUGGGCAUUUUGCAUGAGGGCGGUUCAUACGGAGUAGUAUACCCCUUGCUUUGGUUUUGAGAUUGUACUAGAACCUGGAUGCAUACCUUGAGAGCUUGAAACAAAUAAAGAAUGAAAAAUUACCAUCUAA